AUGUCGAUGUCUUCUGAGCUAGCGGCGGGUAUAGAGGAAGAUGAUCUCCGUUUUAAUAAUUUAUCGACGAUACAAAAAGCCAAGGCAUCGCUUACCAGCUUGUCACCGAAGAGUAGCGAAGACAUAACGUUAUUACAAAGAAUGAUUAGUGCAUGUCUGGGAUCGUUCGUGACAUCUUUAGUAGUUACACCAUUCGAUGUUGUGAGGAUUCGUAUUCAACAACAAGAAAUUUUGCCUAUUAGUAAACCAUGUUGUGAAGUGCAUUUCCCGGCGGAUGUAAUAGCGAAGCAUAAAUCAACGGCCGGAAUGCCACCAGAAUUAUUUUGGUUAUCUCAAAACUAUUGUAAGGGUGCCGAAAACUGUUUUAAAAUCACGUCGACGUUUCAGGGAUUUUCAACUAUCAGCAAACAUGAAGGAAUAUUUACAUUGUGGAGAGGACUUUCUCUUACAUUGUUUAUGACAAUUCCUUCAAACAUCAUAUAUUUUACGGGAUAUGAGUACAUAAGAGAUAAUUCACCAUUAAAGUCAUAUAUACUAAACCCAUUAGUUUGUGGAUCUUGUGCAAGAGUCAUGGCAGCGACUUUUGUUGCUCCUAUAGAAUUACUAAAAACCAGAUUGCAAUCUAUUCCUUCUGACAAACUGGCUAAUCCAAAAAUCUUAUCCAAUCUAUUCAAGGAUCUGUAUUCGAUAGUGAAACAGAAGGGUAUGGGAACCUUAUUCAGAGGGUUAAAAAUUACAUUAUGGAGAGAUGUACCGUUUUCUGGAAUUUAUUGGUCGUGUUACGAGCUAUUCAAAGAUAAAAUAAGUACGGUACUCAACGCCGAUUUUCAGAAGUCUAACAUAGCAGAGCCUGUUGAGGAUUGGAAAAUCUUUGCUACGAGUUUUAUAUCAGGAUCAUUAUCGGGAACAAUCGGAGCAUUUUGCACCCACCCUUUUGAUGUCGGGAAGACAAGGUUACAAAUUACAAGUGAACAAGUUGGCAAAGAAACAACCCAUAAGAGACCCUCGAUGUUCAAAUUCUUAACUACAAUUUAUAAACAAGAAGGAUUAAGAGCUUUAUAUAGUGGAAUAGGCCCUCGUGUCUUAAAGAUUGCUCCAUCGUGUGCAAUUAUGAUUUCAUCAUAUGAGAUAGGUAAAAAAUUUUUUAGAAGUGGUAAUAGAAACUAG